AUGUAUCACACCAUUGCUAUUGCCCUUGGGACGAUAAGUUUAUUAUUAGCUUCAGUUUCAUUAGUCUCCGCUUUAGACGCGGAGUUCGUCGUGAACACAACAAAUGGCCCAGUUCGUGGAAAAGUCAUCCCUUUGAAUACAAGCAAAACAGUCAUUCAGUACCUUGGAAUACCGUUUGCCCGGGCCAAGCGAUUUGAGGCCCCUGAAUCGCCAAAGCGAUGGGAAACAAUAAAAAACGCUACUUCGUACGGUGCUUCGUGUCCACAGCUGCCAAGCAUAUUAUUAAACAAUUCAACAAAGAUCGAAGAGGAUUGUCUCUCAGUGAAUGUCUUUGUUCCCCGCGAAACACGAGGUGUUUCGCUGUGGCGAGUUAUGGUAUGGAUAUACGGAGGAGCAUUUCAGUGCGGUACUUCAGCGUAUAAAAUGUACUAUGGUGGGUAUCUGGCAACUGAGGGUGAAGUUUUAGUCGUAACGUUCAACUAUCGAAUCGGUGUGCUGGGGUUUUUGUCUACGGGAACAGAAGAUCUACCAGGAAAUUUUGGGCUUUUGGAUCAAGUAAAGGCGUUAGAAUGGGUUCAGGAGAACAUAGAAAAGUACGUAAACUAUUUAUUUCAUACAUAUAUUAUUAAUAUUAAGCCUGGUUUAAUCAAGAAGGCCCGAAAGGAGCGCUUUUCGUAUAGCGUAGGGAGGGGUAUGGGGGGCCAUUGAGAAAUCCCGGGGGUUUCUGUCGGGAAAUAAUAUUAUCUUAAGGGCUCUGAAAAGUGUACUUCAGGGCAUUUUGAGCGACAAAGGAAGAAUUUCAAUUUGAUUCUUGGUUUUGUAACUAUUUUAUUUAACUCUGAAAAAAUUAAUGUAAUGCUGUGCAAUGUUGCUCUGUUCCCUACCUUCCUAUCUUACAACAUAGCAAUGCUGAGCUACGAAAACUUGUGAAUGUUGGAUUGAGAAAAUUAAAAUUGUUUCAGUCUCAAAAUAUUCACGAUGAAAUAACGAAAUAAACCAAAGUGUCUACGAUGGUAAAGUAGCUUCCAACUUGAUCAUCAAUCACAUGCACCUCUGCUGCUUAUCUUGUGAUGCUUCAUCAGCUCAAACUGUGACACCCCACUCUCAGCCCAAACACACUUCUGUUCAAGUGUCCAAAAUACAUUGCUUCUGACAUUCUAGCUCUUUUUAUCCCUGUUAAACCUCAUUUAUGUUUUCAUUUUUUGUUCAACGUGAAAAUCACAAGUACCCGUUUUCAAAUUGAUAGCAAAAUGAGCAGUUCUCUGUGGUGGCCUAGAGCUGCCAUAGAGAUUUUGUUUUAUUUCCAGCUUUUUCCUUUUAUAUGAAUGGUUUUAGUUAUCUCAUUAAAUUGUUUAUUUUAUUUUAUACAUUUUAUCUUAUUUUCAUUUCAUUUCCAAAACAAUUUAAAAUGAAAAAUGAAAGGAAAUCAAAGCCUUCUGUGUUAAAUGAAAUAAUUAAUCUCAAAGCGAUUAAGUCAAUUGAAAGUAAGUGAAAUUAAAACAAAUUGAAAAAUUUAUGUCAGUGACCUAAAACUGCCAUAGACCAAGAUGCCUUGCGGGCUCAACCAAACAUGGCAGACUGAAGGAGAUCCUGGGGCACGUUUAAGAAGGAGAUGAAAGCAAAUCGGCAUAAAACAGGAGAUAGUGGUGGGAAGAAAAAUGAAAAAUGCAACAUUCUGGAGAGACAAGAAUUGGUAGUGCAGAAACUGCAGCGGACCUUAGAAGUGUCAAGGAAGGCCCAAAAGUAUACUAGAGUGGGGCCCCGCGAGUUUGUGCAGUACGAUGUGGAGGAACUCUCCAUUGAAGGGAUAAUUAAUUUACAAACCACCAUGCACCAAGAUGUCUUAGUAAUUCAUUGCCAAAUUUAAUGGUAGUAACUCUCAUUAACAUUUCCUAGCUCAGCAUUGCCUUGUUGUAAGAAAGGAAGGUAGGGAUCGAAGUCAAACUAAAUAAUAAAAAAAUAUAAAUAAAUAAUAAAACUACAAACACCUUAAAAUUAUUUACUUUGAAAGUUAAUUACUGUAUUAUGACAAAUUAAUCGCAGUGAAGAUAGGAAAUGCAAACUUGCAAUUUAGUUUUCCCAAUUCAAAUCUUUUUGUUAGAUUUGGAGGUGACCCAAAUAAUGUGACAAUAUUUGGCCAGUCAGCUGGAGCUUGUAGUGUUGGUCUUCAUAUGAUGUCUCCAAUGAGUGCAGGUCUUUACCACAAGGUUAUUCUUCAAAGUGGAACAGCAGCCUCCACUUUUGCUAGUAUGGACAACAAAACAGCAAUUGAGAGUGCAAAGUAAGUUAACACAUUGCAAGAUGCUUUAAAUUAUUAUUUUAUGUUCACCUUUCUUUAAUUGACAGUUCUCCUACAAUGGAGGUAAAAAGUGUUUAGAACUUCCCAGUGUAAAACUAAGUGCCCCCCGCCCCCCGCUCCCACACCACAAAGUUGAAUUUUGAGCAAAAUGAGUGGAUAGAAAUGAAAAAAAUUAACUCUAGAUUCUGAAAUUGUGACAUUGUACAGUUGUACCUCCUGCUUUUUGAGGCAUUAUUAACCUGUAUCUCUCACUGUUUUUCGAUUGACUGGCACAACAUGAUGCACAUAAUGCAAAAUGCGUUGAUGUCUUUAGGAAGACUUGUAAUGGGUAAAUGGCAGCUGAAUCUACGUAUGAGCAUGCGAUAAAUCAUGUUGUAGUUGGUCUAAUUCCUUUGAAAUCGCAUCCACAAUGCUUUUGAAAGAAAGCAAAAAAAUGACAUAGUUAAAGUUGUUUAUGGAGGUUGAUAAGAAGCAAUGUUUGAAGUAAAGGUCCAAGUGAAUUUAUACAUUAACCUCAUGGCUCCUCAGCUGAGCUGUUACAGUGUGAUAAAGCAGGUAUCUUUUUCAACCGUUUUAGGCAGUCAGCAAUAUCCUGACAUGAUGGUACAUGUCACACGGUGUACUUAAAAGGCAUGAGGUGCAACACCUAUCGCUCCACCCUGGCCAAUGGUUUGGACUUCGGUCCAUAAAUAGCCUCUAAAGCUUUACAGUCGGUAACCAGCUGAAAUGACUCUAGCCCUGAUAGAUAAAGAUUGAAUCUCUCACAACCCCAGACCAUUGCUAGCAUCUCUUUUUCUAUCUGGCUAUACUGGCGCUCAACCUCACUUAAGCUACAGCUCGUGAAUGCAACUGCUCUCUUUACUCCCCAUGCCCCUGCACUAGUAUUGCCCCAAGUCCGACAGAGCUCACAUCAGUGACCGUCUCAGUUGGAGCGUUCUUGUCAUAGAAGGCCAUAAUUGAUGCACCUUAGCUGAAGUCUGCUUUAACCCUUCAAGUCCCAAUAGUGACUAAUGUCAAUUUUCUCCUAACAAUAUCCAUACAAUGUCAAGCGAUUAGGUUAUGAGAAUUAAUAAAAUGAUCACCUAAGGGAAAAUGCCUUCAUCUUUUAUCAAAUUCUCUCAACUCAUUCAUGAAGGAAAUGUAUGGAGAUCAGUUUGGAGAGUUUGUAUGUGGAUAUUGGGGCUUAAAGGGUUAAUGCCUCAAAUACUUCAUUUUCCUCUUUGGCCCACAGCUGCCACUUGGUGUCUUGUUCUCUCAACUCUCAUAGUGGUUCUGCGGUUGUUGCAAAAUUUGGCAAGAACCUCAAGCUGAAACUGAUAAGUCCCAGGAAACUGUGCAACUCGGCAACACUAGAAGGGGGUCUGUUUCACGAACUGUGUUCUGACCUUUUCCUCUGUUGAUCCCACGCCAUGCUGACUUAAAAGCAAUCCCAUGAAAACAAUUUGAUUGAUCAUUCCAAUCUUGUCCUUGUCCUUGUUAAGGGUCAGGUUUUUUUUCCUGUAAUCGCCAGGCUAGCAAUGUCACCUGGUUUCUGUCAUGCUCCUCAGUUGUCCAUUCAUACACAACAAUGUCAUCAGCUAUGUUGGUGGCACCAGGGCAAUCAGCAAUUGCAUGUCACAGUCUAAUGAUGUUCUGAUACUGUUCAGGAGCAUUCAUGUUCAUCAACCUCUUGUAACGAUACAAUGAAUCACCGUCUGAAAAUGUUGUGAUAUCCCUUGAUUCCUCCUCAAGGUCAAUUUGAAUUGCUUUGUUGGCAUGCAUCAUGUCAAGACAUAUUACGCACAUCAUCCUUGUUUGGCUUGGAAGCUAUGACAGCUGGCCUGACCCUGCUUGUUGGGCCUAAAAACUUUCUUGUUGAUGUCAAGGUUAAGAAGCUCGCUAAUCUUUCUCUGGACUUUAUCUCUUUCAAAGGGUAAGGGAUCCACCUCGGUUUCUGUGCUUUUGUUGUAAGUACUUCACGAUUGAUGUGCAACGUUAAGCUGGUAGCCGCGGACAACUUGCCAACCCCAGAGAACAUCUUUCAGAAACACCUCAUGAUACCGUUGAUAUCACUUUUUUUGAAAUAUAUGGUCGUCAUGUUCACCAGUUCUGGUCCAACCUUCAGCACUUGUAGCCUUUUAGCAGCUGGGCUACCAAGCAAAUAUGGCCCUUCUCCUUGUAUUUAUACAAGAACAGUUUCCACUACUUUUUUCCCUUGCCACUCAAUGUAGCUUCAAAUUUACCACACCCAUCGCCAUAGAGUUGAUGACAUGAACAUUCCUGUCUUCUGGUAUUAAAUUUGCUCUGAGGCCACUCCUCACGAGGCUGUGAAAGUGCUCCUCAACAAGCUCCUCAAGCCAUUAAUCUUCGCUGCAUUAUUGUUAUCUUCACUGGCCCUUUCCUCAUUGUAGUUAAUUGGCAAGGCAAGUGGUUCCUCUUCACUGUCGUAGUCCACUUGAUUAACUUGUUGGCCCCUUUUUUUAAAAUUACGUCCACUGGUAGCACCACAGGAUCGCCAAUCAUUACUCCCACUUGCUCUUCCACCACUUACACAAUUUCCCUUUUCCAUCUGCCUCAUUGCUGCAACACGCUGCACAGUGCCCUCUCUUGCCACACUUAGCACACAACUUUCCUUUCGCAGGACACACCUUGUCACAUGCAAUAUCCCAGAUCUACCACACCCAUGUAGCACUUGUGCAUGCCUUGCCCACUUGGCUUUCCCUGGCCUGCUCUGUCCUGCACCAAAUUCACUCUGCUCUUUUCCCCUCCUUUUUGCAAUUGCCUGACGGCAUACUUUUUUCCACACUCUGGCUGUAGUCAAGGCUGCUGCAAGCUGUAUAUUAGGAACCUCAAAUAGCUUGGUCCAUAACUCUUGGGAUGAUACUUUCUCCAGCAGCUGGUCUCUUAGUGCAAAUUCGACCUCUUCAACUCCAUAGCCACAGUGUCUUACUUGUUUCCUUAGCCAAAGCACUAACGAGUCCACAUCUUCUCCGGGAUCUUGACCUAGUUGGUGAAGAAUGGCUUUCGAGUGCUGCGUUUUCUUGCACGUGAUAGUAUGCAUUCAGAGCACAAAUGGUUUAUUGAUAAACGUCAUCAGCUUGAUCUUCUAGGGGAACAAUUUUAGGAUUCUCAAAAAUAUCCUGCAUUCCAGAACCGGCCCGAUAAAGUAAUUUGCUUCUCGUUCUCACGGGAUUUUGUAGGUGUAGGCUGGUAUGUGAAUCCUUGCAGCCAAAUACGCCAUUGCUCACUCAAUUCCGAUUUUGAUCCUCAAAUAACCAUCAGUCUGAUAUUACUUCCGGCCAUGUCACCGGGAAAUCUCAUUAACUUGAUCCUUGUGGCUAAUGUAAAUGUCUGAAUGCCAGAUCAGUCCUUGAUGGGGGUGGAUUAUACACUCAGGGAACACACAUUUCAGUCAGCCAUAUUGUAUUGUCACACUCACCCACAAUGCAUUACGAGAAUGGGUUACACAGGCAACCCAAUAUACAAACACUACUGGUUAAUAGAGAUUUUAUGUUAAUAUUUCAAUCUGCAGUGUUAAAAAUGUACAAAUUCUAAUCCAUGACUGUUGCCCUGCCAACAGAGCAAUUGCAAACCUUCUUGGCUGCAGUAUGGAUGGAUUAAAGAGCUGUUUGGAAAAAAAGAGUGUAACUGAGAUACUUAAAGCCCAGAAAAAUUUAGCAAGUAGUAUAACCAGUGGCCGACCAUUCCUGCCUGUUGUCGAUCAUAAAUUUCUUUAUGGUGAGUUUGAUAGUGUCAUAAAUAAUUGUUUUUAAUCAUUGAUUUUGUUAUGGAUUUGUUCUAAUUUAUCACAGGCUCAGGUCCAUCAUGAAAGGCCAAAAUAUAAACAACUUAUUAACCUCCUCCGUUCAGUCAUUACAGGGAAAUCUCAGGCCUUGGCCUUGAUGUACUUGUAUUGAACAAGUGAUAGCGAGUCCUCUGGUAAAAAUUCAUCAGGGGUGCUCCCCGGGGGUAGUCCAUGGACCGGGUCCACAAAGGGGUCCAUAGACUAGGUCCACAGGGGUGGUCCAUGGACUGGGUCCACACGGGUGGUCCAUAGACUAGGUCCACAGGGGUGGUCCAUGGACUGGGUGUCCAUGAUUUGUAUACGUUCAUGUACAGUGUGCAAAGAAAGUCAUGUCCGAUAGCCUGGGGCUAGUGGAUUUUGAUAUUGGGCUAGUGAUUUUUGUUCUUAACUUGCCCAGUGGGCAAGUGCUGUGGGCUAGUACAUGCUAGCUACAGCUUGCCCGAAUGGCAGACUGUAAGACUCACUUUCUUUGCACCCUGAUCACAUCUUAUUUCAUAAUAAUGAGGAUUACUGAAUGUUUUUUGGGAAGAUACAGCAACAGCAAUAAAUUUCCAGGCUGUAUAUAAAAGGUCUAAAAUUUUAUUGUAUGAACGUGCCUGCUGACUUAUAAUAUUGUUUCUGUAUUUAUUUUGCUCUAACGGUUAAAUCCGCAGAUCUUCCUUUCAAUCUUCUACUCAAUGGAAAGUUUAAUCAAACAGUUCCAGCUAUGAUUGGUGUCACUCAGAAUGAAGGAGGAUUUUUUGUUCUUGAUAUGAAAGGUUAUACAGUAAACAUCUUAAAUGCUUAACUCAGGGCUUACCUACCCAGACAUCAGGCAAAUAACUUUUAACACUCGCUUGUCAGAUAGACAAAGCAGGCAAAUCAUCUUCUACAUGAAACUAGAUCAUAAACUGACUCCAGGAUGCUAUGGCCGCAGACUAAGCAAAAUUUGAGCACAGAUUGAACUGAAAUGUAACUGUUCUUUCAAGCCAUAUACAUUCAGUUUCAAUUAUGUGACUACAUUUGUCCUUGAAACGAUUGUAAUACCUGCAGUACAUCUGUGUACUUCAUUGCCAGAGCAUGACAGUAGAGACCUUAAACGCAAGCAUGGUGACGGCAGGGAAAAAUGUCGCUUAAAAAGUGAAUUAAUUUGCAGUUUUUCAUCACGAUUAUUCCAACAGUUGAUUUUCUAAGAGCCUUAUUCAAGUUCAGAAAGAACAGAAAAUUUCGUCAUUGCUUGUUUACAUCCUCCAUAAAACAUGAAAUUAGGUAUUUUCGCAUUGUAGUCAUGCAAAAACUAGAACGAAAUGUACAAAGCAGUGUGCUGCACGUGCAAAGUUGUUCUCUUGCUUAUUUAAAAACCUAUUGCUUUUUGGACGUUUUCGCGUUGCCCUAGCCGACGUUAGAUCGGUCCCUAAUGACUGGCAGUGGAUGGUUUCUCUUUGUUUCAUUCUUGUCUUUCAUAUUUAUUUCGAACAUUCCUUACUCUAGGCAGAUAUUAUUACUAUUAUUAUUUCUAUAUUUUCAAAUGAUAUGCUGUAAGUUCAUACUUCACUGUUAAGUGCAUUUGUUUAUUGUCAUUAGGACUAUCCCCUGGAGUCCCUGGUAUUGAUAAAGGACUCAAUAAAACAUAUUUUGACAAGCUUGUAAAGGAUGGCCACUGGGUCGGAAACCAAACUCAGAAAGUCUUGGAUGCUGUGAUAUUUCAAUACACAGACUGGACAAACCAGACGAACCAGUUAGUAGUACGACAAAAAUAUAUGGAUGUCAUUACAGAUGCAAUGUUUAAGGCUCCAGCUACACGCUCUGCACAGGUGUUUGUGAAAAACAAGAUCAAGACUUUCUUUUACUGCUUCGAUCACUUUGGCAGAGCUGGUUUUCCAGAAUGGGCUGGAGUUUUCCAUGGUGCUGAUCUUCCUUAUGUGUUUGGAGCUUUUUACAAGGGAUAUGAUAAAACUCUUUCGCCCACUGAACAGAAUAAGGAAAUACUGUUCUCAAAGCAGGUUAUUACCCUGUGGAGCAACUUUGCUAAGAAUGGGUAAGUGUAAGAAAUCAAUUCACGCACACGUGCUACCUGGUAAGUCCGUGUAAACCUGGGUUCCUCCCGUAAAAUGAUAUCAUAGCAUAAUGUGCUAGCAACUUUUACUAAAACUGGAUUGCUUUCUCCAAUACUUUAAAUACUCGCUAUGACCGUUUUCCUCCUUUAGUGACUCUUUAUCUCUACUUUUUAUCCAACUUGUAUUUGUCAGAUUUUUAACUUUUUAAAAUUGUAUCAUUCAAUGUAGUGGAAGUUUGUGCGGCCGAGUGGUUAACACCUCGAACUCAGGAACUUGAGGUCCGGGGCUCAGGCCUCGCCUGUUGCGUUGUUUCCUUAGACAAGGAACUUUACUCCACUUUGUCCCUCUACACCCAGGUGUAUAAAAAGAUUACCGGCGACAUACUGCUGGGGGUAAUCCUGUGAUGGACUAGCAUCCCGUCUCGGAGGGUGUAGCAAUACUCCUAGGCAUGCUUGAUGCUAAGGAAACUACGAUAAACUCCGGCCAUUUGGGUCUUUGGCUCGUGUGCGCCUUUAUCAUUUUUUUAACAUUCAAUUUGUAGAAAACCAACUGCAGAAAAUGUCUCCUGGCCAGAGUACAACCUUGGAGACAAACAGUACGUAUCACUGAAGCCUUCAUCUUCCGUUCAAAGGAACAUGCUUCCCGAAAAGAUGGCCUUUUGGAACAAACUUGUUCCUUCUUUGGCAGAACUUGUUCCUACUGUGAUUCCAAUUAAUCGACCUACAACUGCAGCAACCUUAGCGCCAACGGGACAAAAGGAAGCCAUUACUGACAAAGGUUGGAUAUUCACUUUUGAGGAUAAUGAAUUGAGGAGGGUAAUUACUGGGGUAAGGUCUCGGGCUCAAGAAAGAACGUAG